UUGACCUCACAUCUUUCACCUCUAAAUCAUGUCUUCACAACCUUCGGGUUCAAGUACCUCAAUGGACGAGCGGAGGGUUACCGCGUUCAAGGGGUAUCGCGAGAAAAUGCGGCAACAUGAAGCAAACAGCCAGGCACUGAAAAACUUGCGAUUCUCCCUGAAGGACCUCGAGAGAGAGUUCGACAAGACUGAGGACGAUAUCAAGGCCAUCCAGUCGGUGGGCCAAAUCAUUGCGGAGGUGCUCAAGCAACUGGACGACGAACGGUUCAUUGUAAAAGCGUCGUCAGGGCCGCGCUACGUUGUAUCAUACCGACCUGCCCUGCCCGUCUCGAAGCUCAAAGCGGGAACCCGUGUCAGUCUCGACAUGACCACACUGACGAUCAUGCGGAUAUUGCCGCGCGAGGUUGACCCUAUGGUCUAUAAGAUGAGUCUUGAGGACCCGGCGGGGGCCUCGUUUGCCGGUAUUGGUGGCUUGGGCGAGCAAGUGCGAGAACUGCGAGAGGUUAUCGAGCUUCCGCUCCUGAACCCUGAACUCUUCCAGCGCGUUGGUAUCGAUCCACCGAAGGGCGUGCUGCUGUAUGGCCCUCCGGGUACCGGCAAGACGUUGCUCGCGCGUGCAGUUGCAGCCACGCUGAACACGAACUUCCUGAAGGUGGUCGCGUCUGCUAUCGUAGACAAAUACAUUGGCGAAUCUGCGCGGGUCGUCCGUGAGAUGUUUGGCUACGCAAAAGAGCACGAGCCAUGUGUUAUCUUCAUGGACGAAAUUGACGCCAUCGGUGGACGGCGGUUCUCUGAGGGCACCAGUGCAGACCGUGAGAUCCAGCGGACGCUGAUGGAGCUGCUGAACCAAAUGGACGGCUUCGACUCGCUCGGGCGGACGAAGCUCAUCAUGGCGACAAACCGACCAGACACAUUGGAUCCUGCGCUGCUGCGUCCGGGCCGCCUGGACCGCAAGAUUGAGAUACCCCUCCCGAACGAGCAGGCGCGGUUGGAAAUUCUCAAGAUUCACGCGCAACCCGUUAACAAGUCCGGCGAGAUCGACUACGAGGCCAUCGUCAAGCUCUCGGACAGCUUCAACGGCGCGGACCUGCGGAAUGUCGUGACGGAGGCGGGCAUGUUCGCCAUUCGCGACGACAGAGAGUACGUCAUCCAGGAGGACCUGACGAAAGCUGCGCGGAAGGUCGCGGAGGCAAAGAAGCACGAGACGAAACUCGAUUACUCGGCAUAAGAUUCUGCGUAUCGUCUUCUCGAUCGGCCUAUCGGGCUGGAGUAAUGUUUCCGUGGCUGCGUUGAGACGCUGUACGUACUUGUGCAUGUGGAUGCUGCGACUGCAACGUGUGUCACUGAAGCAGUCGUGUGCUGCGGAUAUCAGGCUGUAACUGUACGAUGUGGUGUUCUGAAUAUUAUGAUACAUAGAGUAAUCAUAGC